GACAAUUGGGGACAGAGAGGGACCACAGUAUAGCAUGUCAUUUUACAUUUUGUCCUUAUUGUAAGCAUUUUUGGCUGCUGUGUUGAGUUAGUAUUUUGCACUACUUUUGGGGACUCUGAUUUCCAAGAGAAGUGACAUAAGAGUGGGGGAAGAACCAAAGUUUGUGUUUUGUUCACUCUCAAAAAUCAAAGAAAAUUUUGUGCUUUCGUGAGUCAAGAAAUGUAUGCAGAAACUGGGCUAUUUUUCCCUUUCAUGCAAAAAGUUUCUCAAGAAUUUCACCAGUUUGAAGAGUUCUGCGAAACCCAGAAACCCAAUGCUUCAAUGAACAACAUGGUUCAGACCUCAGCAAUAUCUGAAUAUUACCUGGGAGGCGAAGGUGAUCUAUUCAAAGCUCCAGAGCCUAUCAUUGAAGAACCAAUUGUGGACCUUAAUCCCAUGACUGCAGCCAUCUCAUUAAGCUUUUGUGGUGAAGAUGUUAUUACUUCACAAGGAUUUAAAGCUGCUGAUCUUGAAUCAAUUCAAAACGAGCAGUUUUUAGAGGUUCUUUAUGAGUGCGAGAAGGAUCUGAUGGCAAGAGCAGUCAUAGAAACACCACUAUCUGAAGUCCUGGAUGUAAAGAUUCCUUUGAAGACGGAUGAAAACCAAAAUCAUGAAAAUGAAGUGCUCUGUGAUGUACCGUUCCAGAAAAGUGUCAGCUCGGAUUGUUUAAGCUCAAUGGAAGGGAUGCAAGGGGCUGCAAUAAAGCCUAAUUUUCUGGAUUUCCCUGGAAUAGAUUUUGGUUCUGCUAAUGGAAUGAGGAGAGCAUUUAGUGAAGGAGAUAUAAAGACUCUUGGCAAUGGUAAUCCGAGUGUCAUCCAUUCUCCUCUUGAGCGACCGAUAAUCGUCAGCAGCUGUUCUACCAAGGAUCGAAGGGAAAAACUCUCUAGAUACAGGAAUAAGAAGACAAAGAGGAACUUUGGAAGGAAAAUCAAGUAUGCAUGCAGGAAGGCUCUUGCUGACAGUCAACCAAGGAUCCGUGGAAGGUUUGCGAAGACUGAAGAAUCCGACAACUCAAAGAGGCAAUAGCUGUUGAUUAAUCAAGGCAGUACCAAGUAAAAGGGGAAUGAAGUAGCUAGAUUGACUGUGGAGAUCAUCUUAUGACAUUAAAAUGCUAAAUAAACCAUAACCCAGCUCCUCAGAAAUAGUUCCAUGUUAUUUGCUGCAAUCACCUCCCCUAUAAUGGAAGUGGCCAGUUAGGAUUGUACAUAGUGUUUGUUCAAUAAGAUGGCACAGCUGAAAUUUGUACUUGUUCAUAUAUGUUUUUGAAAGAUAAGUAGUUUUUAAUGUUAUAUGCUAUACGUGUUUAAUUUUUUAAUAAUAUAUUUUUAAUUACGAUAA